ACUUUGUUUUUUUCCCAGAACUCUCCAUUUCUAACACGUACAGUAUGAACACAGAAGUUAAUCGUUCUGCUGAUCACAUUACUUCUGGUUUUACGUCAACAGAGAUAAUACAGAGAUAAUACAUUGAUGUAUGUCACCAAACCUUUUUUCUAGCGUGUUAAGGUAUGUAACCAUGGUAUUUUCUAGUGUGUUAAGGUAUGUAACCAUGGUAUUUUCUAGUGUGUUAAGGUAUGUAACCAUGGUAUUUUCUAGUGUGUUAAGGUAUGUAACCAUGGUAUUUUCUAGUGUGUUAAGGUAUGUAACCAUGGUAUUUUCUAGUGUGUUAAGGUAUGUAACCAUGGUAUUUUCUAGUGUGUUAAGGUAUGUAAUCAUGGUAUUUUCUAGUGUGUUAAGGUAUGUAACCAUGGUAUUUUCUAGUGUGUUAAGGUAUGUAACCAUGGUAUUUUCUAGUGUGUUAAGGUAUGUAAUCAUGGUAUUUUCUAGUGUGUUAAGGUAUGUAACCAUGGUAUUUUCUAGUGUGUUAAGGUAUGUAACCAUGGUAUUUUCUAGUGUGUUAAGGUAUGUAACCAUGGUAUUUUCUAGUGUGUUAAGGUUUGUAACCAUGGUAUUUUCUAGUGUGUUAAGGUAUGUAAUCAUGGUAUUUUCUAGUGUGUUAAGGUAUGUAACCAUGGUAUUUUCUAGUGUGUUAAGGUUUGUAACCAUGGUAUUUUCUAGUGUGUUAAGGUAUGUAAUCAUGGUAUUUUCUAGUGUGUUAAGGUAUGUAACCAUGGUAUUUUCUAGUGUGUUAAGGUAUGUAACCAUGGUAUUUUCUAGUGUGUUAAGGUAUGUAAUCAUGGUAUUUUCUAGUGUGUUAAGGUAUGUAAUCAUGGUAUUUUCUAGUGUGUUAAGGUAUGUAACCAUGGUAUUUUCUAGUGUGUUAAGGUAUGUAAUCAUGGUAUUUUCUAGUGUGUUAAGGUAUGUAACCAUGGUAUUUUCUAGUGUGUUAAGGUAUGUAACCAUGGUAUUUUCCUGUGUUAGCCUUGCAGGUUACGUGGAAGCCCUGGCCUGUCGUUGUGGGUUGGUAAACCAUGGUUUUUCUAAGGGCCCUGAUCUGAACCCCAAACAGGCUGACAUGUGGCAGACCAGAGUUAGCACCCACAGUGGUAAAGCCAUCGGAGUUGCCAUCGGCUGCAUCUUAGGGAUGUUCCCGCUCCUCUUCUUCAAAGAUGAGACGAAGAAGAAAGCAGUGGAAAGGGAGGGUAAAGAUGGAUCACUGACCUCCAUCUCCACUGGCAGCAGCAAUUGA